AUUCAAGCGUAUCAAAACGUGGUCGUGGUCGUAGACAUGAUCGUGACUGGACUCCUUUGAUUGAUGUUCGUGAAGGUGAAAAAGAAUUCACUAUUACUACUGAAUUACCGGGUCUUACUAAGGAACAAAUAGAUAUUGGCAUUAAUGAUGAUGUUUUAACAAUCAAGGGCGAAACUAAACAAAGCCAAGAGCAUAAAGAGGGUACAACCCAUAUCCAAGAACGCCGUUGGGGUAAAUUUGAGCGUUCGCUUUCACUUCCCAAUAAUGUGAAAACUGAGGAUAUUGAUGCUAAAUUUGAAGAUGGCGUUCUUGAAUUAAAACUUCCAAAAAUUGAACCUAUCGGCAAAAAGAUUAGCAUUCAAUAA